AUGGAUGUGUGCAGCUGGAAAGAAAUGGAGGUUGCUCUGGUCAAUUUUGAUAACUCGGAUGAAAUCCAGGAAGAGUCAGCCUAUGCCACCAACUUCGACCCAGCCAGCUCCAGAGGCCGGCCCGGGAGCGGCACCUUCCCCAACUGGAAGAUCCUCGUCAGUGACAACACCAACCACGAGACCACCUUCUCCAAGCUUCCAGGGGACUACACAGAUCCCCCAGGGCCUGAGCCCGUGGCUUUGAAUGAAGGCAACCAGCGGGUGAUCAUCAACAUUGCAGGACUGAGGUUUGAGACCCAGCUCAGAACCCUCAAUCAGUUCCCAGAGACCCUCCUGGGAGACCGGGAGAAAAGGAUGCAAUUCUUUGACUCCAUGAGAAAUGAGUAUUUCUUUGACCGGAACCGGCCCAGCUUUGAUGGAAUUCUAUAUUACUACCAAUCUGGAGGGAAGAUCCGGCGCCCAGCCAACGUUCCCAUCGAUGUCUUUGCAGAUGAGAUCUCCUUCUAUGAGCUGGGCAGUGAGGCCAUGGACCAGUUCCGGGAAGACGAAGGCUUCAUCAAAGACCCUGAGAUACCACUGCCCACUAACGACUUCCACCGGCAGUUCUGGCUCCUCUUUGAGUAUCCUGAGAGCUCCAGCGCUGCCCGCGCCGUGGCUGUGGUCUCCGUGUUGGUUGUGGUCAUCUCCAUCACCAUCUUCUGCCUGGAGACACUGCCAGAGUUCCGGGAGGACAGGGAGCUGAAGGUGGUCAGAGACCCCAGCCUCAGCACGAACAAGACGGCCUUCCCCCAGACCAUGUUCACCGACCCCUUCUUCAUGGUGGAGUCCACGUGCAUCGUGUGGUUCACCUUCGAGCUGGUGCUCCGCUUCGUGGUCUGCCCCAGCAAGACGGACUUCUUCAGGAACAUCAUGAACAUCAUCGACAUCAUCUCCAUCAUCCCCUACUUUGCAACCCUCAUCACGGAGCUGGUCCAGGAGACAGAGCCCAGCGCCCAGCAGAACAUGUCCCUGGCCAUCCUGAGGAUCAUCCGCCUGGUGAGGGUCUUCCGCAUCUUCAAGCUGUCCCGUCACUCCAAGGGGCUGCAGAUCCUGGGGCAGACGCUGAAGGCUUCCAUGCGGGAGUUGGGGCUGCUCAUCUUCUUCCUCUUCAUCGGGGUCAUCCUCUUCUCCAGCGCCGUCUACUUUGCCGAGGUGGACGAGCCGGAGUCCCAUUUCUCUAGCAUUCCUGAUGGCUUCUGGUGGGCCGUGGUCACCAUGACAACCGUGGGCUAUGGUGACAUGUGCCCAAUCACCCCAGGGGGAAAGAUCGUGGGCACUCUGUGUGCCAUUGCAGGGGUCCUCACCAUUGCACUCCCCGUGCCCGUCAUUGUCUCCAACUUCAACUAUUUCUACCACCGGGAGACUGAGAAUGAGGAGAAGCAAAACAUCCCGGGAGAAAUUGACAAGAUCCUCAACAGCAUGGGCUCAAGAAUGGGCAGCACAGACUCUCUCAGUAAGACCAACGGUGGCUGCUCCCCAGAGAAGCCCAGGAAGUGA